GGAAGUAUGCAGUGACAGUUCUUCUCUUAAUCUGCUCGUUGGCGUCUUCGGCUAAACCGGCAGAAUUAUAUUAUUAAGUCGACUCGAUAAGCACAAGCACGGUGCUCGCGUGUUCUAUGCCCUUUUAAAAUGUCACCCUGAUAAUAUUUAAGGACCAUUUUAUCGCCGUUGUCGUCAUGGCCUAGCUUUCUCUCUACGCACUUACCCAAGGUCCAGAUUGAAUCUCGGAAAAUACCUAUAAUAAGGCUAAGACCUUCACAUUGAGGAACUCCAGCUUACCGGUGCCUAAGCUGCUUGUGCGCCCUUUUUUUUUUUUCCAGCCUCGCCAUUCGUCGUUGAUGGGAUCAAGUUCUACCCCUCGUGGACAGCAUCCAGCAGGAGAUCAUAGUAUCGAUAAUGUAGUCCUCCGCCAAGACGCAGAUGAGACUUCAAUCCAGGAAGGGGCCGACCGCCAUCACUUCAGCUCUAUUAUCGAGCUUGGCGGUGAUGCCCCUUCUAUCGAUAGCAAAGAUUCCGAUAUUAUGACGGUUAUCUACCAUGGCAAUUCGGAAGAACAAGUUAACGGCCAUCGACGAUUCCCUUCUGUCAGUGAAGACGGUGACAAUGGUGACGACGAUGACAAGUCGGAACAAGGAGAUGGCGGAUCCUCUUCAGAUGAGAAGCCGGUAACCUGGAGUUCACUGCCCAAAAAGGGCCAGCUCGCUAUCCUGACAUGCGCUCGUCUAUCAGAGCCUCUUGCCCAGACAUCUUUGCAGGCGUACAUAUUUUAUCAGCUGAAAUCCUUUGAUCCGUCUCUGCCUGACUCGACUAUUUCCUCCCAAGCAGGUAUCCUGCAGGGUAGCUUCACAGCGGCACAGUUUCUAACUGCCGUCUGGUGGGGGCGACUGGCGGAUGCGGAAUGGAUGGGGAGGAAGAAAGUUCUGCUCAUCGGGUUGCUGGGAACAUGCAUCUCGUGUUUAGGCUUUGGGUUUUCCAGGUCGUUUGUGUCAGCGGCUGUGUUUCGGACUUUGGGCGGAGCGCUGAAUAGCAAUGUUGGGGUAAUGAGGACUAUGAUUGCGGAGAUUAUCGAGGAGAAGAAGUACCAAUCUCGAGCUUUCCUAUUGCUGCCGAUGUGCUUCAACAUUGGAGUUAUCAUCGGCCCCAUCUUAGGAGGUGUCUUGGCCGACCCUGUGAAUAGCUAUCCUCAUAUAUUCGGACCGGGUUCAUGGCUCGGAGGCAAGGAUGGCGUACAAUGGAUGCAGCAUUGGCCCUACGCAUUGCCCAAUGUCCUGAGUGGAGUAUACAUAUUCAUCUCCUGGAUGGCUUUGUUCCUUGGACUCGAGGAGACUCAUCAUCUUGCACGAUACCGAAGUGAUUGGGGGCGGGAGCUUGGGGAAACACUAGCACGCUUUUUCACACCGCGACGACUUAGGCAUUAUCGCCCUCUAACCGACAUCCCUGACGAUGCUUCAGUAGAUCUUGAACGGAGUGUAGCUCCAAGUUCAACUCAGUCCGGUGUCACUCGUCCUCCCGGUUCGAAACGCCCUGGUUUCCGACAGAUCUGGACUUCGAAUAUCCUCCUGACCCUCCUGGCUCACUUCCUCCUUGCUUUCCACACCAGCGCUUUCAAUGCUAUGAUAUUUGUCUUUCUGCCGACACCAAGAGCCCCCGAAGGCUCCCGACACGGCUUCUUCCACUUCAGCGGUGGCCUUGGUUUACCCUCUGCUCGAGUUGGUCUUGCGACGGCCGUAAUCGGCUUUAUUGGUCUACCAUUACAGAUUUUCCUCUACCCACGCAUUCAAUCGCGCCUUGGGACCCUGAAGUCAUUUCGAACUUUCCUUCCAUUCUCUCCAAUGGCGUAUGUUCUGAUGCCGUUUCUCGUGCUUAUUCCGAACCUACCCUGGCUGGUAUGGCCUGUAUUUACUGCGGUUAUCGGGUUGCAGGUUGUAUCCAGGACAUUUUCACUCCCCGCGGCUAUCAUUCUCGUUAAUAACUGUGUUACGGAUCCGUCGAUCCUGGGUACUGUCCACGGAGUAGCGCAGAGUAUCUCGAGCGCGGCACGUACCCUGGGACCGUUUGUAGGAGGAUGGGGCCUUGGGAUGGGACUACGCUACAAUAUGGUUGGUGGCGUGUGGUGGGUAAUGGCCGUAGAGGCUUUACUAGGCUGGUGUCUAUUGUGGGCAAUAUAUGAAGGAAAGGGCAUUGAAAAGAAAAAGGACGAGGAGGAAGAGGGUGGGGGUGGCCGGUAAUCUUUUUUGAUGGAGAUACGCAUUGGACUGCCAUUUACAUUCAGAUGAUAUACGUGAGAUGAUGUACGAUCUACGAUCCGAAAUUUGACU